GACUACUGACUACUGCUUCAAAACUUGUUAUAGUUCAUAAUUGUUGGUUGUCUGUUUUUACACUGAUGAUAGAUAGUAAGACUCAUAAGUACUUUAAAUAAGUUUUUAUUUUCAUAAACGUCAAUAUCUGUGUAGUUAACUAUUUUAAUAUCAAGUUGAACUUAUUUUAUCUUCAUUAGUCGAUUGUAAACUUUUUUGAGUGAUGAAUUCCUCCAUGAAUAUUUCAAGAACCAUGGAUAAUUCAUCUGUGUCAUUGGCUAACCAAUCUAUAACUACAAAAGAAAGUUUAGAACUUUCAGGGAAAAUGUUGGAUAAGUUUUUUAUAAUUGAAAAUUCAUUCCCUACACUAUUUGACAAAAUGCAAAUAGUCAAUAAUAGCUACAGUGUUAGUGGCUCAACUGAAUAUGAUUAUCCUAAGGAUUCAGCAGGUUUACCUUCAAUCACACCACUUAAAUUGAAACACAAAAUACCAUUACCGGGUACAUUAUUAGAGCAGUGGAAUGAUGCUCAAAAUUUUCAUCGUAAAUUAGGAAUUUUUCCUGAGAUUAAUAGAGUUUGGGUUACGAUUGAUCAAGAGUUCUUCUUAUGGGAUUAUGAUGAAGGAGCGGACUUGUCAUAUUUUGAUGGUAUGAAUUCAACAAUAUUUGCUGUUGCAUUGGUUACACCGAAACCAAAUGUUUUUCAAGCUCACAUUAAACAUUUAUUAGUUUUGGCUACUGGUUUAAAUAUUGCGAUAUUGGGUGUGACUUUUAAAAAAAUUACAAAUCUUGAAGGUAGAACAGUGGAACAGUUAGAAUUAACAACAGAUACAAUUUAUGAAGUUCCCACUGAAGGCGCAAUUAUAUCCAUGAUUGUUGGAACAAAUAAUGGACGCAUUUUCCUAGGAAGUGAAGAUGGUAACCUGUUUGAAAUAGAAUAUUGGAAAGAUUUGGGAUGGUUUUCAAUCGGAAGUGGACGGCGUUGUAAGAAAGUUUGUCACUCAGCAGGCACACUAUCUUAUAUUCUACCAUCAUUCUUGUCGUACGCCAUAACUGAACCAUCUGCUAUUGUAGAAAUAGCUGUAGAUAACACAAGACAUAUUAUUUACACACUAUCUGAAAAUAGUUCUGUUGAAUUAUAUGAUUUGGGAUAUGAUGGAAAAUCGACUAGUCGGGUUGUUUCUUUGUCACACUCUAACUUAGAACAUCAAGUGUCUAAAAUGCUGAGAACUCUGGAAGUGGCUCAAAUGACCACACUAAGUAGCAUAAAAGUUGUAGAAGAAACCGAAUCUUCAAAUAUUCAUUUUAUGGUGGUCUCAAAGUUUGGGUUUAGACUAUAUUUUUCAAAUGGUAUAACAAGUUCCACAAGACCAUAUACAUUACAACUCAUACAUAUUCGUUUACCACCUGGUUAUAACAGAUCUAUAGGAGAACCCAAACCAAGUAGUGUUCAACAUGUUUUGUAUAAUAGAGGUACGAUACUAAUGGCAUGUGAUACUGACAUUACCAAUUACAGACCAAUGUUGUGGUGUAUUUCUCCAGACGAGUAUGCAUUUAGUCCAAAUUUUAGUGAAAGGUAUUUUAUUAGCGAUUUGGAUAUUUGCCCAUUGGCUUUGGAUAACAUAGGACCAAAUUUAUUAAUAUAUAACGAUCCGGGUGUUCAACAACCACCACUUAUCGUACGCCAACAGUUUGAAAACCGACAAGAGUACAUUACAUUAGCACCUCAGGGUUUAGAAAUAUUUGAAAUGCUGCGGCCAUAUGAUACGCUUUGUGAAUUAUUAGCGGCGAGCCAAGGAUCAGAAACGGAUGCUAUCAAGAGUUAUUUCAAAACUUUUUCUGAUGAUCAAGCUUGUGUUGCGUGUUUAACAAUUAUUUGUGAUCAGUCUCUUAAAAACAUAAAGAUAAAAGAAUAUGCUACUCGUGCUUUCUUUACUCAUGGCGGCGAACCAAAAUUAGUGACUGAAAAUUUUCAAGAUACAUUAAAUGAUUCUAGAAGUUGCAUUCAAAAUAAUAAUUUUAGACCAGGCACAUUUUCAACACCUAUGACUGCAAAUGUAGUCAAUCAAACAAAUAUUAUAAAUCUACCUUUUGAAACCACUUCAGUUCAAUAUUCACCUAAGCACAAUGGACUGUAUGCGUUCGUCAGUCGAUUACUCAGGCCGUUAUGGAAUAUUAAAGCUGUUAAUAUGGAAACUACCGAUGGCAAGACAUAUAUUGUCAAUACAGUAUCUCCAGACGAUUGUUCAUUUGUAGCCAGUCAUUUACAAACAUUGCAUACAUUCAUGAAUAAUUAUUCAAAAAUGUUGGCAAACUUUACAAAAAUUCCAACCGACAUGUCCAGGCGUACAAUUGUACAAGACCCUUAUUAUUCUGAAUCUAAAUCAAUUGACUGUCUAAAACAGUUGGUUACACGCUGUGCUGAAGUGUUUAAUUUAUGGAAAUUGCUGAGUGAACAUCAAUUUUACAUUAUUGCAAACAAACUGAACGAACAAGAAAAAAUGGUACUCGAAAAUGUAAUUUUUAAAGAUUUAAUUAUCGUUCAUCAAGAAAUGUGUCAAAUAUUGGUACAAAAACUUUUGGAUACAUAUUUAAAUGAAAGUUCAUCUGUAGAAUCAAUAAGUACAAAAUUACGUCAAGUCUGCCCAUCUAUUUAUCAAUCUGAAGAUGCAGCUUGUGCCAAGGCUUCCGAAAUGAUAAAGUUGGCUCAAUCGACAAUUAACGAAGACGAACGUAAACGCAUUUUAUAUCAAUCACUAAUGGUUUUAAAAGAAGUUGCACCCAAAUUAAAUUUGACGUCUGUCUGUCUUCAAUACACAAACUGUGCGUACAUGGAAGGCGUAUACCAAAUGUGUCGGGAAUGUGCCAAAAAAAUCGAUCCUAAAAAUCUCGGCGGUCAUUAUUUCAUUAACAGCAUGAUUUUGGAUAGAGAUAGUCCUGGUUAUGGUGCAUAUAUGUUGAGAUUAGAUGUAUAUAAAGAAAUUAGUGCCAGUUUGGAUUACCUUUAUUCGAUUAUGGUUAAAAAUCCUUCAGUAGUUAUUCCCACUAGACCUAAUAUUAUACCCGGAGUACUAGAAAAUUCAGCAUUAACACCGGAGCAAUCUUCUAAUUUGAUAUCAGAACUGAUAAGAUUAUGUAUUACAUGUGAAGAUGAAAUUAUGCAUACUGUAGUAUACAGGUGGUUGAUAGAAAAAAAACUGAUUAGAGAAACCAUUGAAAUGGGAAAUCAUAGUUUAGAGAAAUUCUUGUUAUCCCAAUCUAAAACGGACGACUCGAAUAACUACAUAAAAGAUGUACUCUGUAGAUAUUAUGAGUACAAUGGCAACUAUAAUGAAGCAGCUGAAGUUUUGGCAUCGCUAGCCAAAAAAUCAGAUGUUGGUUUGACUUUAAGUGACCGUCUCAUGUAUUUGGGCAGAGCGAUGGCCUGUUUGAGAAGUAAAAAAUUAAGUACACCCGCUCUGAAUGCUACUAGUCUCAGAGAAGUUGAAGACUUGCUACAAGUAGCAGAAAUCCAAAAAAUGAUAUUAGAUUUAUUGUCAUCGGCUGAAUUUGAUGGGAAACUCGAUAAUAUUGAAAAACUCAAUAGCAGACUGUACACGUUAGGCGAUCUCUACAGCCAAUUUGCCGAACCGCAUAAAAUUUGGGAAGCUCAGCUGGCGAUAUUUCAACUCUCUAAUCACGAUGAUCGUGAAUUAAUAAACCAAAUUUGGGAAAAUAUUUUACUAAAAGUCGUAAAAGAUUGUGGCGACAUUGGGGAACACAACAAAAUGACAAUUGCCUUGGAAAAGGUCAAGUCACUAGCCAGUUCACAUCCUAUUAACUCUUCUACAUUUGAUUUAGAAUACGUGACUACCAUGUUGGAGUACUUGAACUGCAACUUAGGAGGUGAUUUGGAAUCUGUAUAUACGACAAUGUUGACUAUUGGGGCACCCAUUGAGUCUCUAGUGUCUAUUUACAAAAAAAUUUACUCUACUAAUGAUCCUCGGUGGCAAAAAACUAGUGAACUACAUGUUUUAGAAGUGAUCAUGAGCCUAGCUCGUUAUUAUUUACAAAAUGUCGAUUUAUGGCCCUCAGGAAUGCAAAGAAGGUCCAUAGCAGUCAACUUAUUUGAUUUGUUGGUCAUUUGUCAAAAUAUGUUGUACAGCCGAUUUGCACAAAGUCCAUUGAUUGAAGGUGUAAAUGCAAUUAAAAAUGAAUUAGACAACAUCAUCAAAAAUUAAUUUCUUUCCUUUCUGUUAUAACAUUAAACUUCACAAAUUAUUUUAAUAAUUAUUGUGUUAACAGAUAAGUUUUUUUUAAUAUAAUAUUUGGGUUGUUCAGCAUAUUGUGUGGAACUCAAUUAACUAGUUAUUUAGUUUUUGUCUUGAACAUAAGAUACUAUAUAAGAUAUAUGUUAUUUGUAUGGUAUUCUUUUAAUGAUAGAAAUUAAAUUAAGCUCAAGUGAUGCUAAUAAGUUAAUAAUUUUAUAUUGUAUAAUAAACUUGAUAAUUUUUA